UGUAGGACCCUGUGAUUGUGAACGCCUGGUUGGUUCUCUCAUUUCUGUGAAGGGUCUAGAAGGAUUCUCACUAAAUUGGACCAGCUUCCAAGUUCCGACUGGGCAACUACAAACGGCUCUGUUCUUUUUAGCUCUUUCUUCUUCAACCGAGCAUCAUUGCUACUAUGAACUUUCACUCUCUCAUAUUGUUUUUCCAGCCAAGAAUUUCGUUGGAGCUGAGGAACCUUCAACCUAGAGUAACUGUUCUUCCAUCUGCAUAAUUCACGGCAUGCUUUUCCUUUCAACUGUUUUUCCCUUUUGAGGUCCGCUUCGGUGAAAAGGGGUAACUGGUUCUUGUUGAUAGGAAACUCCUAAACGUUUUUCUUUUCCCAAUUUUAUUGGUCCAACAGAAGUAAAAUUGUUGUAUGAUGAGGAGCCAUAAAUAAGUUGAAUCUGCGUUUUGACCUGAGGCAGAUUCAAUAUGUCUACUUCUUGGCACAAAUACGAACUGGUGGACGGCUCAGAUGACCCUGAAGACAUCCCAUUAGUCGCGGUCAAUGAGAAGCCUGUUCAUAGGAGGAUAUGCAAGUGUCACCCUUCAGUCCUUGAUGAACUUGGAGAAAAGGGAAAGCUCCAAGUGUCGCACCCCAGAUUUGGCCCAUUUUACCGUGAAGACGAAUCCGAGGUCAGUGGAAAGAAGGAAGCGUGGGAUAAAGUACUGGAAAAAUCUGGAGACAAGAACAGAACCAUAGAAAAUUACUUGUUUGCAACGAGAAGGGUAGAGAAAAGAGCCAGAGCUAGUUAUGCUGAUGCUGGGGGAGUCGUGCGUAACUUGACAGAGUCUCAGUUCCGGUGGAUGAUGAUUGAAGAUGGUUGCUUCUUCCUCCAGUUGGCAUUAUUCAUCCUCGGAGCUUCUUCCCAGCAACUGGGUUAUCCCGAUAAUCACAUUAUCUUUGGCAAAAAAAAGAAGAAAGAGGAUGUCAACAGGUGGAUUGAGGCGAUGUUCUUUGUUGGAAAUCAAGUCCCACUUGUGGUGCUCAAUGAAUUUAUGAAGCAGAGUUUUUUCCAGAAAAUACUAAAUCAAGUGAACAGGGAAACCCCAUCACAACUGCCCAAGCGGAUCUUGUAUGAGUUGCUUGUUCUGCCUGCUCGAGAACAUGUUACCAAUCAAACUGUUACAUCACCAAAGCCCCGGGGUGAAGAGCAGCAGCCUACUGACUUGCUUCAUGCGCUCCACUCAUUCAUGCUUGAUCCAGGACGAAGUUUAAGCAAUGUCAACCCCGAUGAAGCUGAUACAGGCGAUGUUGAUUUGGGGGACAGCGGGGGAGUCCAUGGGACCAAGGACUUGACUCUUAGCGCCUCCGAGUUGAAUAAGAAGGGAAUCCGUUUUAGGAAAGUGAAAGAGGUGGGCUGUACAGAGAUAAGUUUUACAGACUACUUCAUCUUUGCUCGUCUUUACUUGCCGGUAUUCACGAUUGGUGAUGAUACAGAACUAGUUUUCAAAAGCCUGAAGCAUUACGAGGAGAGUCAACAACAGGGCAAGAGCAAACGCGAGGUGAGAUCUUAUCUGCAGUUCAUGAAUGAUCUCAUUUGUACCUAUGAAGAUGUCAAGCUGUUAGCAAAAAAAGGAAUCAUCAAAGCAGACAACCCCUACCAUAAAGAGAAGUUGCCUACAAUCUUGAGCAAUCUGGCCGGCCAGGACAAGCACACCACUCCAAACCUCCACCUUUUGAGGAUCCAACUGAGAGACUAUAACAUUGCUCCCUGGGAAAGGGCAUUUGGUGAGUGAUUUGAAGAUUACGGCGCAAGAAAGAAGCCUUUCCUCAAGAACAGGGAUUGGCUAGUGCAACUCUCGUUAAGGUAAACAUCCUCCUUCAAUUCGUUUCUUGGAGUCCAGAGUGAACUUCUGACAGUGUCUGGAGCUUGAGCUUGACUGAUAUCCAUCUUUCUUCUCCGGUCUGACUUCUGAGAAGAGCAUACCUAGGCCAUGCCACAAUGUUGGAGCAGGGCACAAGCAAGUUAAAGUGGAGAUGAAAGUUCACAAUUUUGGUACAUUUUCUCAACUGGGAUCAUUGGAGAGUAUCAAGAACAGGACAGCUGAAUAAUCUUUUUAUGAAAGACAGCCGUUCGUCAGAGUAACAAUCAAACUUUUUAAUGUCAAGCGAUGCCCUCUUCAAGUGGCUUGAGUUGAUGCCUAUGAAGCGGAUGAUGAGCUCCAAGUCCUCGAGGUUUCCUUCUGCAGUUGCUGCUAGAAUCCGAAGGUUUGUCAGCUUUAUGAGGUCCUUUGCUCUGCACACACUUGUAUUCAAUCCCUCAAGUAUCUCUAGUUGUUUCAAGCUAUCUAGUUUCAACAUUCCACGAUGUUCAGGAGUUUGAAAUGCUAGAGGGAAAUACAGAUGUCUUAAUCGCUCAAGCUUCCAAAUGACAUUUGAAAUGGUCAUUAU